AUGGGUGUCCCCAAGUUCUUCCGUUGGCUGAGCGAGCGAUAUCCUGCGAUAUCGCAGCUCAUCGCCGAGAAUCGCAUCCCGGAAUUCGACUGUCUUUACCUGGACAUGAACGGCAUUAUACAUAACUGCACACACAAGGAUACAGACUCUCCUACCUUUCGCAUGACCGAGGAUCAGAUGUUUAUUGCGAUUUUCAAUUACGUCGAGCAUCUGUACGGGAAAAUCAAACCUAAAAAGCUCUUCUUCAUGGCAGUCGAUGGGGUUGCGCCUCGCGCCAAGAUGAACCAACAGCGCGCUCGAAGGUUUCGCACAGCUCUGGAUGCGGAAGUAGCGAAGGAGAAGGCCAUCGCCCAGGGUAUAGAGAUGCCAAAGGAGGAUCCGUUUGACAGCAAUUGCAUUACGCCAGGAACCGAGUUCAUGGCCAAGUUGACUAAGCAAUUGAAAUACUUCAUCAACAAAAAGGUCUCGGAAGAUACGGAUUGGCAAGGCGUGGAUAUCGUUCUAUCUGGCCAUGAAGUCCCGGGAGAGGGUGAGCAUAAGAUCAUGGAAUACAUUCGUCAGAAGAAAGCACAACCCGGCUACGACCCCAACGUCCGACAUUGUCUCUACGGCCUGGAUGCCGAUCUGAUUAUGCUCGGGCUUCUUAGCCAUGACCCUCACUUCUGUCUUCUUCGUGAAGAAGUUACCUUUGGAAGGCCGAACCAAAAGAAAACAAAAGAGCUGGAGCACCAAAAUUUCUAUCUGUUGCACCUCUGCAUGGUUCGGGAGUAUCUGGAGUUAGAAUUUCAGGAGUUGAAAGAAAAAGAGAUGGGUUUUCCUUUUGACAUGGAACGGGUCAUCGACGAUUUUAUUCUUAUGGCUUUCUUUGUUGGAAACGACUUCCUACCGAACCUACCGAGGCUCCACAUUAACGAAGGUGCAUUGGCAGUGAUGUUCAAGAUAUACAAAGAUACUCUACCGAAAAUGGGCGGCUACAUGAAUGAGAAAGGCACCAUCAACCUUGAACGGUUGGGAAUCCUGCUUGAUGCUUUGACUGACGUCGAAUUUCGAUUUUUCGAAGCCGAAUACUCGGAUGCUAAAUGGAUUCGGGCCAAGAGGAAUGGCGUCGAAACGUUGGAAUUGCCGGAGAACCAGAAAACCUUCACUAUCACACCCGCGCAGAAGGAGAUCUUAAAGGAAGUAAAGAAAUAUGUCCUUAAUCGGCCAGAAAACGUGCGUGACUCGAAACCGUUGGAUCUCCCAUCCACUCUACCCGCGCGUGACCGCAAAUUUGUAGAACAACUUGCAGAUGAUCUGCGCUUGCGAUGGACCACAAUCGAGGAUGAACAUGGUGACCGCUUCAUCAGGCUGCAGUUACCUGCAGCGGCCAAUGCGGGUGGAAAUUCCGAAGGCAGCAAUGAAGAAGAUGAGGAGGAGGAGGAGGAGGAAGAUGAAGAGGCGUCCAUGGCGCUCCACCGGGUUAUCAAGAAAUAUGAGAAUGCGAAGGUGCAAGAAUUCUCUGCGGAGGAAGCAAGAGCUGCGGCCGAAGAGAAAUACGAGAAGAAAUUCCAGCAAUGGAAGAACAAGUACUAUGAGGAAAAGUUUGGCUUCAGCCUUGACAACGAAGAGGAGAUGAAAAAAUUGACGGAAAACUAUGUACAGGGCCUCCAAUGGGUCUUGUAUUAUUACUACAGAGGCAUAGUGUCUUGGCCCUGGUUCUUUCGAUAUCAUUAUUCUCCGAUGAUUUCUGAUGUCAAAAAGGGUCUUGGUGCGGAUAUGAACUUCAAGUUGGGCCAGCCCUUCCGGCCGUUUCAGCAACUUAUGGGCGUCCUUCCCGACCGCAGCAAGCAGAUCGUGCCUCCUGCAUAUCGUGAUCUGAUGACAUCACCAGAGUCACCCAUCAUUGAUUUUUAUCCUCAUGGAAUGGGAGGCGGUGGUAAAGAUUCCGUUAUUGAUGAGAAACGCCUCUUGAGCGCGAUGGCGACGAGGGACCACUUGCUCACUCCUGAGGAGAGGGAGAGAAAUGAGUUCGGUGUGACACUCAAAUUCACCUACUCGCCUGAUAUUGAAUUCACAUAUCCAUCAUCCCUCCCUGGGAUAUUUCCGGAUAUCCCGCAUUGCCAUUGCAUUGAGAACAUUUUCGACCUGCCGACAAUGGAAGGCUUGGAGCCUUUUAUCGGCCUCGUCGAGGGUGUGAAACUUGGCGCAGCUGCACUGGCAGGCUUCCCUUCUCUGAAGACCCUGCCGCAUGCUGGCCAGCUGGCCUUCCACGGGGUCAAUGUUUUCCAGCAAGACAGUCGUAAUGAGAGCAUGAUCGUUACGAUACUUGAGUCGGAAAAGAGGUCAAGCAUUGAAUUGGCCAAAGAGAAACUUGGAAAAAGAGUCUAUGUUGGGUGGCCAUUCCUGCAGGAGGCUCUCGUGGUACGCGUUUCCGAUGAGCUCUUCGAUUACGUGUUGCCUGAAGGAGAACAAAACGUGGUCUCUAUUCCUCACUCCCAGCAACAGAUCGAGCAGUGGCACAAGAAGGCGGAAAGGAUAGAGGGAUAUUACAGUAAACGACUGGGAAUGAUUAUAGGCCCAGUUGAAUCGAUGGUGCAUGUGCACAUGCUGAAAGGCUUGAGGAAGACCGAUGAGGGAGCGACGGUGAAGGAGUUCGCAGAAAUUCCUGGGCAAGAGACCGACUACGCUCUGCAACUUAUUGUGGACCAUGUUAUCAGCGAAGACGAACGGUUCAUCGAACGGGAGGCUCUCCCGAUCGAGGAAGAGUUCCCUGAAGGCUCGAGAGCUUUCUUCCUUGGCGAGUACAAUUAUGGCAGACCGGUGCAUGUCAUUGGACACGAGAAGGGGAAAGUUAAUGGAUUGAUCGCAUCGGUCAAGGGCAAAGAGCCAGAGUUCGGGAAGCUCCAUGCGAAAGCUGCUGAGAAGCUAUCGCCAUAUAUCCCUUCCUUCGCGAUUGCGAAGAGCUUACAACUGAAUCCCUUGGUGUUGGCCAAGAUCACGUCCUCGUUCUCCGUGAUGGUCAACAACCAGCGAGUGAACCUAGGCCUCAAUCUCAAGUUCGAGGCGCGGAAACAAAAGGUUUUGGGAUAUUCCCGUCGCGGAGAGUCUGGCUGGGAAUUCAGUCAGAAGGCCAUUGAUCUGGUCCAGCAGUACAUGAUCAGGUUUCCCGACUUCAUUGCCGGGAUUCAGCGGAAUCCUCAAGGCGAUCGAUACGAGCCGACCGAUUUCUACCCAGAGGAGAUCGCAAUGCAGAAGAUCAAAGAGAUCCGAGAAUGGUUGAAGUCUAUUGAGGCAAAGAGCUUCGAACGAGUGCCGCUUGAUGCCGAGCAACUUGAUUCCGAUAUUGUUAAGCUGAUCGAACAGGACGCGGACCGUCUCGUGCAGAGCCAGCCGCCACCAGAAGCGAAGAAGAUCAAAGGUGUUCCUCGGGGCGCUCUCCUGAAGCCUUCCGAUGUGGAACAACGGCUUGGGAACCAGAAAUUCGCACUAGGAGAUAGAGUCGUUUAUGCGCAGGAUUCGGGAAAGGUCCCUAUCGCCACACGGGGAACCGUUGUCGGACUCACACGGACACCUCGGACGGUUCUGCUGGAUGUCGUGUUCGAUGUUUCUUUCAUGAGCGGGACCACGCUGGGAGACCGUUGCUCUCCGUUCCGAGGCUCGACAGUCCCAGUAUCCUCUGUUCUGAAUCUGACAAACAAACAACUGGUUGUCAGCACCCGUGCUGCCGCGGAGCAGCAAGCUCAGAAGCAGAAGACUCCCCUGACAAUCCAAGGGUAUGGCACACCACUUGGGCCCGGUGGGCAGGGGCAGCUGAGAGAAGCACGGCCUCCUCCUCCACUGAAAGGAACAUUCCGUGGUGCUCUUGCGGGACAACAGAAUGGCGUUUCUCGAGGGACAGGAGCUCCUCGUGGUCCUCGCGGUGGCCGGGGUGCUGUAAAUGGUGCCUCGCUCCCAGUACGACCACACCCCAAUGGCACUGGGCAGCCGAAUCAUGCUGGGAAGCAGAAUCAGGAUGGGCAGCCGAAUCACACUGGGCAGUCGAAUCACACUAGGCAGCCGAGUGACGAUUCUCAUCCUCGUGGGGGACGAGGCCGGGGAGGUCCUGCCAGGGGCCAACGCGGAGGCCGUGGCGGUCAGGCUUACACUCGAGGUGGUUAUAUUGCUCUCGAAAAAGGGGACCCCGAAGAAGGCGUGGUCAAGAACAACCCCAACUUCAAGCCGCAAAAUUACUCCAACGUACCGCCACCUCCAAAUCUGAACAGAGGAAGUAUACGGGGUGGCAGAGCGGGCGGUGGCCGUGGUGCACCACGUGGGAACGCUCUCAGAGGUGGUAGAGGUGUGCAUCGAGGAAGAGGUGCUGCGGUGGCUUCUUAA